AUGUCUUCCGGCGCACCACGACCAUCGGGCCGAACAAGCGCCAACGACUACCGCGACGAAAGGCCCCGCGGUUCAGCGGCCAACCUCAAGAGCGAUCGCUCCGAUCCUCGCAAGGGUCCUUCGCCCCAGCCCAACUUUUCAAGUGCUCAUAAGCGUUCAGCGUCAGUAAAUCCAAGGGCUACGAGUCGCCAUGACGAGGAACGUCGAUUCGAGUCACGGAGGGUGACAGAGCGCACCUUUGAAGCUCAGCUUGAGCGUUUGGUCCCACGAACCACGAGCCCAGAACGAGCACAUCGACGCAAUGCUGCAUCAGAGAGUAGAAAUACGUCCAAAGCACCCAAGAAUGAUAUCCCAGAUGCUAGGCAGUCCAGAGCUGGAGCUGAGACCCCGCAGGUACCAUGGAACCCCGAAGCAACCCUCCUACCACAUACAACAGCACCAUUGGCCUCUCGAAUAUCCAUACCUCCACUCGCUUCGACCAUACCACAAGCGCCCCAGCCAAAGCCCCUAGGCGAGCUAAGCCUGGAGCUCCAAGAAGCAGCUAUAGUAGAGGACCUCCUCUUUGUCUUCAUGGGAUAUGAAGGGCAGUACAUCAGAUUCGCCAAGGGAUAUAACCCAAACGAAGAACGAGACAGAUUAUCAGGACCCAGUUUCAGAACGUUGCCUGGCCUUGACCCGAGUCUGCAGGACCUGACUCAAUCAAUGCUCAGGAUGGCAACGUAUUAUGUCGCCCUUGAAGCUUUCGUCGACGUCCAGAGUCGAGAGGAAUUCGGGUCCGUGAACCACGCUCUUUGCGCAUCAAUACGCAAGUUUCUGCAAGACUACCUUGUCAUGAUAGCGCAGCUGGAGACACAAUUCCUCACAAGCGACACAUUCACUGUACAUGUGCUCAACAUCCAUACCAUGUCUACCAGUCAAAUGAUGCUACAGCUUUACUCGCUCGCUCAUGAACUACUCAAAAAGAAUGCCCUGCUUGAUGAUGAAACCGAUGAAUCUGAGGAUAGUGGUGGUGAUGAUUUCGAGAACAUCCUCGAAACACUUCGAGAUGGAGGCGAAUUGGUGCCAGGAAACAUGACUGGCAAAAAGAUAUGCAAAGGAGGUGUGGUUCUUGGUUUGAUAACAAAGCGCCUGGAGUCCUUGUCGGGCGAUCCAUCAGCUCGAGCGUUGUUAACGACCCUACUAAGGGAUGCCAGCAAGCCCUAUAUGAAUAUGCUUAACGGAUGGCUCCAUCAUGGUUCUAUUCAUGACCCUCACUCGGAGUUCCUUAUCAAGGAGCAGAAGAGCAUUCGUCGCGAAAGGCUGGAGCAAGAUUAUACUGAUGAAUACUGGGAGAGGAGAUACACAAUACGAGACCACGACGUUCCGCCGCAACUCGAAGGAGUCAAGGACAAGGUCCUACUAGCUGGAAAGUACUUGAACGUUGUCCGCGAGUGCGGUGGAGUUGAUGUCAGCAAGGUUGCGAAAGACGUCCCAGCUUCCUUCGACGACAACAGAUUCCUCGAGAACGUCAAUAACGCUUAUGCCCAUGCCAACGAAUCCCUCAUGCAACUGCUCCUUACAGCUCACUCACUACCCGCGCGCCUACGCUCUCUGAAGCAUUACUUCUUCCUUGACCCAUCCGACUACUUUUCCUACUUCCUCGAACUGGGCGCUUCAGAAUUGCGUAAACCCGUCAAGUCCGUUAAUACCGGAAAACUGCAAUCUCUACUGGACCUUGUUUUGCGUCAGCCUGGAAGUCUUGUGUCCCUUGAUCCGUUCAAAGAGGAUGUCAAGGUCGAGAUGAAUGAGACUAUCCUCACAAAAGCUUUGCAACGUGUUGUUAACAUCACUGGUAUUGAGCAGGGCGAGGCGCUGCAGCCUCUUGCUAAUCAACCUGUUGAUAACGACAAGAAUGCUGUCGGCUUCACAUCUCUGCAGCUAGAUUACUCUGUCCCGUUCCCUGUGUCGCUCGUCAUCAGUCGAAAGACCGUCUGGCGAUACCAAGCUCUCUUCCGUUACCUCCUUUCCUUACGCUAUCUAGAGUCGCAACUAUCGACUACUUGGCAAACACAGACCCGGGGUGUUAGCUGGGCACACAAGGGCGGCUCGAGAAAACUCGAGAUCUGGAAACGACGCGUUUGGACGCUUCGUGCUCGUAUGUUGGUUUUUGUCCAACAAUUACUCUACUUUUGCACAGCUGAGGUCAUUGAGCCGAACUGGAACAAGUUCAUGUCUCGCUUAAAGACAAAGGAUGAGAGCCUUGAUUCAAGCUUGGGGGUUUCGACGCGGACUGUCGAUGAGCUUAUGCAGGACCAUGUCGACUUUUUGGAUACAUGUCUCAAGGAAUGCAUGCUCACCAACAGUAAACUACUAAGGAUCCACUCCAAACUCAUGCAGACAUGCACAAUCUUCGCUGCCUACACAAACUGGCUCACCCGCGAGCUCGAAAAGUCAGACCCAGACCUUUCAGGCACGAACAAACCCUCAACCAUGACGGCAGACCAGUGGAAGCGCUUCCAAAUGACCAAAGCAGUGCAACGCGGCUCCACAUCAGCCCAAGGUGACUCUGCCGGAAGCAGUGAAGCUGAUGCUCGCAUUGAUAAUCUUUUUGAGAUUAUUCGGAAAUGGGAGAGCAACUUCAGUCGUCAUCUACAAAUCUUGCUUGAUGCGCUUAAUCACUAUGCUGCGACGGAGACAGUGGUGCUGCUGAGUCUUUGUGCGCGCUUGAGUACCGCGAACCAAGGAACAGAGUAUGCUGGUCUGCGGCAGGAAGAAGAGUCAACUUAG